AUGAACUUUGCAAUAGCGACUGGUUUGAAUUGCCAGUCUACGGCUGAGAAGACAAAGAAGCGCAAGAGGAGGCAUGAGUCCGGAAGGGAAGAAAAGAGGAAGGAGAAGUGUGUUGAGGUUGAAGGGAAAAUGUGGACGGAGCUAUUUGGAAAUUUGAGGAAAGUGACACCUCCGGCGAGAGUACGGUCGAUCCUAUGUGCAGAAGUGGAUGCUGUUUUGGAGCACGUACCUUUUGAGGAUGAAGCAUCAGAUGAACGUGUGGACCACCUGCUGGUGAUGAUCGAAGAGGACUUCCCAUUUGAACACAACUAA